ACAAACACUCGGCGUUGCUUCGUCUCGACUCUUUCCAUACCGAGCGGUUUGUUUACACCGGAAACGGAACGCAGGAGGCGGAGACAAGACAGGAAGAGAAAUAAAUUGCAGGCUGCAGUAUCAAGACUUUUACAGAGUAUUUAUUAUACUUCAAAGUCAGAAGUACUUCACACCGUGACACUAUCGUAUAUAUAUGCCAACCUCAACAUGGGCCAGUUGUUCUCAUCAGAUGAAGACUACACUCAGGCUCAGGACGCCGUUGGCUCCAUCCUCUACGACGCCAUGUUGGAAGCCGGUGCUGUUCCUGACCUCGGGGUCGUCCACCCUCUCCUCUCGGCCAAUCAGGAUGGGAGUUCAGAUUCUCAAGCCCGCCUUCAGGAACAACUGAAACAGAUGCAGCGUGACCUUGGGAACAGGGCGCCCUCCUACAUAAAAGAUCUGAUUGGCCGAUUGACAACCUUCUCAGAUGAGCCACAGGUGGCGGGGCUGGUGGGACUGAUGAUCACGUUGGUGGUGGACAUGGUUUACACAUCGUCCAGGCCUUCAACGGGCGCGAAAGGAAAGGUGUCGUCGUCGUCGUCCAGUCAGCAGAUUGUGUUGGAGCUCCAGGAGGUGAUGGAGGAGUACCUGAAGCGCUGCAGAAUCAACCUGAGUCAGAGAAAGAGGCUGAUGGAGGAUUCGGUCCGACUGGAGGGCAUGAUCAGCCUCAUCCUCACCCAGCUGAAGGCCUGUAUGCUGAGGGGAGACUGUGACUCCAGGUCUCUGAGGCACUGGGCCAGUGGAGCGGUGUUUCACACUCAGAUGUUAGUUCACCUGGACGAGCCCCUGGUGGCGAGAGAAGCACUGCAGCAGUACAAGGAAGACCUGUCAGAGAUUAUAGCUGCUUACAGGAGUUUUAAGUCCUCCACGGUUCAGGUGAUGAAAUGUCGGAGCGGGUUCGCAGCGUCACGUGAUUCCUACGGUGAGAUUCCAGAGGACGGAGCCAUGACAGGUCUAACUGUGACGGACAGUGCACCAAGAAAGAGACUGACUCUGUCCCACCUUGGAGACAGAGACAGGAAAAAGAACAACAGUACCAGGAACAGAUGACACCUCCGUGUCCACGAACAUCAACCUGGACCUGAUCACCUCGGAUCAAUACGCCCAGGCAUAUCUAGAAUAUUUCUUCUCUGAGAAAGGACCCGUGGCAGAGCUGCAGAAACAUUUUGAGGACGAAAACAUCAAUCUGCAAAAGUUAAUUUCUCAACCAGUGAGUAUGGAGGAGAGAGGUGGAAGAACUGCACUGGGAAUAAACGUCCAAGAGCUGAGAGAGGAACAGGACCAGAGGGGGGCGACAGGGAGAGGAGGGGAGACGGCGGGAGUUGACGUACAAGAUGAGAGUUUGAAACUGAGCAUCACAGAGACACAGCCACAGGAGAGGAGUCAGUCUGAGUGACGCAGGUGGGAAACUGUGGAAAUCUGCCACCAACAUGAAAACACCUCAAAAUGACUGGGCAUCGAACCAGUGACCUGGUGAUUUUCCACUUGUCCUCGUCCACCAUGCAGUCCUCAAUAAAUAUUUAUUUCUGUCAAAUAAA